AUGGAGAUUGAUUUAGAAUGUGGAUCUGAGAAUGGAUCUGGAUUAUCAAAGUUUGUGGUGAUCGGAAGGAUAAUCGCAGAUCGAGUUCUAAAUCGCAAAGGUGUCAAGGCUAUUUUGAGGAACAUUUGGCCGGAAACUGUAGCGCCAUGCAUCAGAGAGAUUGGCGAUAAUAAAUAUAGCAUCUCUUUCAAGAAACAGGAUGCGAUGGAGAGGGCGAUUGCUGAUGCUAAUGCUGAGAGGAUUGGGAACAAGAUUGGAAGGCUCAUUGAAAUUGAAGAUCCAAGUAUGGUUGGUUUUGGAAAGGGGUAUUUGCGCAUUCGAGUUGCUCUUCCCAUUUUAGAGUCAUUGGUUGAUGGUUUUUGGGUUCCAAAAGAGAAUGGGGAUCGAAUUUGGGCAGUUGUUAAAUAUGAACGAUUGAUGGAUUUUUGUUUCAAUUGUGGACGGUUAGGCCAUGUUUUGAAGUUUUGUGGAGCUGAACUGUUAGAAUUACCGAGAUUUGGGCCUCAGAUGAGAGCUUUGCCGCCUAGAAGGGGUUUUAAUAGGUUGGAUUCAGGAUUUGGUGGUAGUAUUGGUGCUUGGGAGGAUGAUGAGGUUAAUAGUGCUCGUGGAUCUCAGAAGCAUUGGGAAGGGGAGAAUAGCAUUGGUUUAAGCAGAUCAGAUGGCUUAACUUUGGGAAGAGUUCAAGGGAGCAUGCUGAAAGAUGAUAUUCAGGGGACUAACUGGAAAGAUAGGCUGGAGGAGAGGAAAGCUAGGGAUCGUGCUUUGAGUAAAGGUAUUUCUCAUAGUCUUUCUUUACAUUCUGUAGCUGAAAAGAACAUUUAUGUUAAAGAUGUUACUGGAGAUUUAAGGUUGGUUAGAGAUACUGAGAAUUUUAUGAGCAAAAAUAGUAAUGUUGUGUUAAAAAUAUUAGAACCGAAUGAAACAGGUGUUUUGGAAAGUAAGGAGAGAGAAGAGUUUUGUGCGGAUAAUGAUCAAUUGAAUAAUGUUCUGGAAGAAUUGGGGAAUUUUAAUGCAGGAGAUAACAGGGAAAAGGGGACUUAUGAACUGGAGAAGUAUGUGGUUGAGAGUCCUUUAGUGGGGGAGCAGAUCGCUGGGAAUAAUAACGAUGUUUUGGAAGAUGGACAGAAUUGGGCUUUGGUAGAAUAUGAUGGUAAGGGUUGUCAGAGUCUUGAAGUGGUGAAUUCUGAGUUGUCUGCUGAUCUUAGGAAAUUGAAGAUUAGGAAAGGAAGGGAGGAUGGUAAUUUUGAUGAAGUCAGCAAGAAAAAGCAAAAAGUGGAGGUUUUGAAGGAGAUUAAUGUUGUUGAAACUGCUUGUCAAGAAGUCUUGUUUAGUGGAAAAGGGGCAGGAUCACCCUUGACAAGAAAUGUGCUUAAGGGUAUGGUUAAGGAUCAUGAUCCUGAUGUUAUUUUCUUAAUGGAGACUAAAAAUGGCUUUAAGAAGAUGGAAUGUUUGAGGAAGGGGUGUAAGAUGGAUAAUAGUUUGUAUAUUGAUCCUGAGGGUCUUAGUGGGGGGCUUGCCUUAUGGUGGAAGGGUGAGGUUAAUGUGCAGGUCAUUACGGGUAAUAAGAAUGUUAUUGAUACUAAAUUUGUCUGUUCUGAUACUGGUGACUUUAAUGACAUUAUGGUGGGUAGUGAGAAAGAAGGGGGUAGAAGUAAGGAGAGGAGAUUGAUGGAUAAUUUUGUGGAUUUCAUCAAUGAUUGUGGGCUAAAUGAUAUUAAGGCUCAUGGUCCGUUGUUUACUUGGAUGGGUAUUGGGGAGGGAGAAGUGAUUUUCAAUUUGGAAGCUCUUGGUUCUGAUCAUGCUCCUAUUUUGGUGGAUACUGACUACAAAGAGGAAAAGGCCCCUAGAAGAUUCAAAUUUGAAGCCACCUGGCUUACUUAUCCUGAUUGUAUGGAUGUUGUUAGAAAAGGAUGGGGUGAGCAGGUGGAUGGCACUAUGGCUUUCAAGUUCAUGAGGAAAUUGCAGAAGUGUAGAUCUCUACUGAUUCAGUGGUGUAAGGAUGCUGUACAGAACAAUAAGAAGGUUAUUUCAAAUCUAAAAAAGGAGGUUGCUAGUUUAAAAGAACAAGCACAAACUGAAGAAGAUUACAAAGUUAUGCAGGAGAUUGUUAAAAGAGUGAAAGAGGCUUGGCACAGAGAAGAGAAUGGUGAUGGAUCUUGGAGUGAAAAGGAAGACCAGGUUAUCAGGAGCUUUGCUGACUAUUAUGAUACUUUGUUUCGAACUGAUGGUAGGAGAGAUUGGGGUGAUAUUUUGGAUUGUGUUCCUCAACUGGUGACCAGGGAGAUGAAUGAGGAAUUGGUCAAGGAGAUCUCUAAUGAUGAAAUCCGUGAUGCUGUUUUCCAACUUGGUGCUUAUAAGGCACCUGGACCCGAUGGCUUUAGUGGUAUUUUCUACCAAAGAUGUUGGAAUGUUAUUAAGAAGGAUGUGUGUGAAGUUGUUAGAAGUUUCUUUCGGAGUGGGAGGAUGUUGAGAGAAUUGAAUAGAACAGAUAUUGUUCUUAUUCCAAAAAUUAAGGGUCCUACAUCAGUUUCUCAUUUCAGGCCAAUCAACCUUUGUAAUUUUAUUUACAAAGUAAUCUCCAAGGUUAUGGUAAAUAGGAUGCAACCUUUUUUGGGAGAGUUGAUUUCUGAACAGCAGAGUGCUUUUGUUGCUCAGAGAAUGAUUCAUGAUAAUAUUCUGAUAGCCAAUGAAGCCUUUCAUCAUAUGAGGUUGAAGAAGAGGGGUAGGAAGUAUGAAGUGGCUAUGAAAUUGGAUAUGAAUAAGGCCUACGAUAGGGUGGAGUGGGAUUUCUUGAGAAGUGUGCUUUUAAAACUUGGUUUUGACCCUCUUUGGGUCAGCUGGAUACUUGAAUGUGUCAGUACAGUCUCUUACUCUCUAAUUCUAAACGGUAAGCAAGCCUUUAAUAUUUUUCCUUCUAGAGGUCUUAGACAGGGAGAUCCUUUAUCCCCUUAUCUUUUUCUUUUUGUGGUUGAUGUUUUGUCUAGGUCAGUCCAACAAAAGGUACUUGAUGGUUCUAUCUCUGGUAUUCAGUUGAGUAGGCAGAGCCCUAUGCUUACUCAUCUGUUUUUUGCUGACGAUUCCCUUUUUUUCUUUGAUGCUAAUCUGGCAAAUUGCAGAAAUAUGAUCUCAUGUGUGCAGGACUAUUGUAGAGCUUCAGGUCAAAGCAUUAAUAUGGAGAAUUCAAGGCUGAUCUUUAGCUCAAAUGUCCCAGAAGAUGAAAGGCAGCAGGUUGAGAACUGUUUGGGAAUCAAAGUUGCUGCCAAUCCUGGUACUUAUUUGGGAAUUCCAACGUUUUGGGGCAAGUCUAAGUAUGAUGCCAUGGGAUUUAUCAAGGAAAAAGUUCUCACCAAAUUAAAGAGUUGGAAGCAGCAAACUCUGUCUUAUGGAGGGAGGGAGGUAAUGAUUAAGGCAGUUGCUAGUGCCAUGCCUGUUUAUGUUAUGGCUUGCUAUAAACUGCCUAAGAGAUUGUGUGAUGAUAUUAACUCUGCUAUGGCAAAAAGGGAAGGGUGUGAUAAGUUGAAAUGGAUUCAUGCGAAAGAUGGUAACUACACUGUUAAAUCAGGUUACCAAGUCAUGAAACAAGUAGAAGUAAUGAGGAAUAAUCAGGUACCAACUUCUUCUUAUAGAAUUAAUGUAGAUAUUUGGAAGUAUAUCUGGAAUCUUAAAAUCCCUAGUAAGUUACAAGUUUUCAUGUGGAGAUUAUGUCAUAAUGCUGUAGCUACUAUGUACAACUUAUGGAAGCGUAGGCUUAAGGACAAUCCUCUUUGCCCUAUUUGUUUUUCUUAUGAAGAAACUGUGGAACAUAUGAUAGUACAGUGUGAUUGGACUCGGGGUAUUUGGUUUGCUGUAUUGGGAAUUCGUGUAGUGAAGGAGCAUAUCAUUCAUUUUGAGGAUUGGUUAUUAGAUAUACAUAAGCAAUUACAAGAGUCUGGGAAGGACUGUAAAACUGCUGAUUCUCUAAUUGCAUAUGUUUGUUGGAGUAUAUGGCUUGAACGUUGUGCAGUUAGCUUUGGCUUAGACAAUGGUAAUGUUUUAGUUGAUAAUUUGGUAAAGGAUACUGAGGUUAAUGCAGAUGGGAAACAAUCUUGGCAGAAACCAGAGUUUGGAUGGCUGAAGAUUAAUUGUGAUGGGGCAUUUAUCAAAGAAACUCAUAAGGCUGGAAUUGGAGUUGUUGUUCGUGAUUCAGGUGGCAGGCUGUUAGAUGGGGCUUGUGAAUCAGUAAAAGCAAAUUCUGCAGAAAUGGUUGAAGCUUAUGCUCUUAAGAAAGGGGUUGAAUUAGCUGUGCAGAGGAAGUUUGAUAAAGUGGUUUUUGAAACAUAUUGCCGAACAGUUUAUACAGGUGUCACUGAUUCUAAAACUACUUGUAAUUGGCAGAUUGGUCCUAUUGUCCAGGAGAUUCGUUUUCUGAUGCAGCAAAUUCCUGUCAAGAAGUUUAAAUGGAUUCGUAGAACUUGUAAUGCAGCAGCGCAUUGGGCAACUUCAGAAGCUGUGAAGGGGAUGUGCAAUUUGGGUUGGCUUCGGUUGCCCCCAUCCUCUUUAAUGUUCAUAUUAGAUAAAGAUGGUUUACCUGCGCCCCCUCCUCUUGUUUAA